GCAAAAAGCAUGGUCCGAUACGUUGGAAGUGUGGCCGACGUACCUGUGACCACCGCCGCCAAGGUGCUUGUCAUUGGCACCAAGGAAACCAACGGCUUGACCCUCGCGCAAAGAAUCCUCACCCACUUAAACCAUGGCACGACCCCGCCGUCAUCUACGAUCUCGCUCCUAACGCACGCCAUUGCGUCGCUGAUCGCUGGAACCGACAACGCCGCGUCGACGCACGUGUACCUCCCUCUGAGCGACUCUGUCCUCGUAAGUGUCGUCGUCGCACAGCUCCCGACUGCCGUGUCUCGUCACAACGUGCUUGCGCGUCCCCAUGCGAUCAGCUCCCUCGUCCGCUCGCACGCGAAUGACUCGUCGACGUCGUUUGUGGUCGGUCUAUCCCUCCCUGACCCCGCCACCACCUCAUGGACGGGCGGCGUUGCCGUCGCCAAGGGGAUAUCUACCUACUACAACAGCAAGAGCACCACCAAAUCCGGUCCGAGCGGCGUCAUCACCGACGGCGCGGCCACGGCCGUCACUGAGGACCAAGUUGUCGUCGUGUUCGAUCACGCCGUGGACACAUCCACGUUGUCGCUCCUCAACGCGACCGCGACGGGCAUCCACUUGACCCAGCGCCUCGUGGACUCGCCGCCCAACCAGCUCAACACGGACACGUUUGUCGCGGAAGCCAAGGCGGUCGCGGCGCGCGUCCAUGCCGAGAUCACCGUGAUCCAGGGCGAGGACCUCAACACGCAAGGGUUUGGCGGCAUUUACGGCGUCGGCAAAGCGGCGGCAAACCCGCCGGCGCUCGUCGUGCUUAGCCACUACCCGUCGUCGUCUUCGAAAUCGGACAAGAGCGUCGCGUUGGUCGGCAAGGGCAUCGUGUACGACACGGGGGGGCUGAGUUUGAAAACGUCUGCGUUUAUGGUGGGCAUGAAGUUCGACAUGGGUGGCGCGGCGGGGCUCCUCGGCGCGUUUGAAGCCGCCGUGCUCGCCGGCACGUCGUCUCGGCCGCUGCAUGUGGUGCUCUGCCUCGCCGAGAACGCUGUGGGUCCCCUCGCCACCCGCCCCGAUGACAUCCACACGUUGUACUCUGGCAAGACAGUCGAGAUCAACAACACGGACGCCGAGGGCCGGCUGGUGCUCGGUGACGGUGUCGCAUAUGCCGCCAAGCAUUUGAAUCCGCAUGUGAUUCUCGACAUGGCCACACUCACGGGUGCGCAGGGGAUCGCCACUGGCGCUAAGCAUGCAGCUGUGGUGUCCAAUAGCGCCAAACUGGAGGCGUGGGUGGUUGCAUCGGGACGGGCCUCGGGCGAUUUUGUCCAUGCGAUGCCGUACGUCCCCGAGUUUUUUCGCCAAGAGUUCAAGAGCAAUGUCGCAGACAUGAAGAACAUCCCCGCCACGCGAAUGAACGCCCAAGUGAGCUGCGCCGGUCAGUUUAUUGCUAACCAUUUGGGCCUCGAGUUUGAACAGACGGGGCUGUGGGGACAUGUGGACAUGGCAUUCCCAGUCGUAGACCAAGAGCGAGGCACGGGCUUUGGAGUUGCCCUCGUGCAGUCGUUGCUGCAGCUUAUUGAGUAGAUAAAGAAGUGAUACAUGGAGCGAAAUCACUAUAAAGAAGUGCAAGGAAAAAGGAUCCGACGAUCGAAG